CGAGUUGUAAUAAAAUAUCUUCAAACAGAAAGCAACUCGGUGAACCCUGAUAUGCUUUAUUGAUUAUCCGACUACUGACUGUGUCGGAUAUGUUUACAAGUACCUGAGCCUUAUCAGGAAUGCAAUAUAUGCAACCUUAUUCAGCGACCGAUUUUGAAAUGUUAUCCGAGUGUUGUGAUUGAUACAUGAACUCCUAAUUCGUUUACAAUAUAUAUAUAUAUAUGGAUUCGUAUCGUUACAACAAUUACGGUAAUGAAAUGCAGGGAUACGACCAACCAUCCUACAUGGGGCAUCAAGUUACAAGAUCACCUCAAAUAGACACAGCCGUUGUGACAAUAGCAGCGGAAAAACUUAAAACAAUAACGUUUGUUGGGGGAAUUCUUGGUUUGUUAACGUUUGUCUCAGGUGCAGCGACUCUUGGAUUGGCCGGAGAAAACAUUGGCUUCCCUACAUUCAAUUUUGGACCUCUACUUGUUGGAAUAAUAUUUGGGGUUGGAAAUCUCAUUGGAUUCUAUCAAAUGAGGGUCAUUUUGUCAAGAGAAAUAACAUCGGAAAAUAUUUCAGAUGCUAGAUGCAUGGUUAUUUUGGUGUUUGUCAUAUCCACAGUGUGCGUUACGCUUGCCAUUAUUUCUGGGGUAUUUGCACUAAUUUCUGGAGCAGUAUGUACCGGAGCCGACAUUGAGUUCAGCGUCCGCACAGGGUAUUACUCCAAAAAUAUUGAUGUAAGACAGUCCUGCCAUCCAUAUGAUACAGCAAACGCGGUUUUAGCCUUUGUCGACGGAGUGUUGUGUUUACUGAUUGCAGUUUGGUGCAUUUUUGGUUGCUGCUUUUUCUGUUCUUAUGGUAGAUACUUUGGGAUAAAAACGAGACGUCGAAGAUUAUAGAUGACAUGUGGACAGCACAGGAACGAGUUAAAGGCCGAGAAAAUGCAUACACCGACGUCAUGUUAAAUGGUUGCAUGUAACUACUCCCCACUACCCUCUGUUAUAAAUGAAUGCGACAUAAGAGUUAACGUGCUCAGCGGUACAUAAAACUACAUGGACAACUCGAGCCCAGUAGAUAUAACUUACUAUAUGUAUUCUGUUUUCUUACUUGUAUUUUGGAAAUCGACCAAAGGCAAACAUUACUACUUUAAUAUUGUAUAAAUUUGCAUAAUAAAUUGUAUAAUUUUUGCAUUUCUCGAAUGAGCAAUAAGAUCAUAAAUAGUAUUGCAAACAUUAAAAUAAUAACACAAUAAUAACUUGUGGUGUACUUAAAGUAUAACUUAUCAUUGUCAUGGCUACGUCAUAAUGUCGAAAGCUUUGAUUAUGUCUUUUUUGGUCUUUAUAAUAUUUUGUCAUCGAAAAGCUCAGGCUAUUUUGAGUCAUAUUUCAGCUUUUUGCUAUUUUAAAAUCAUUGAACAAAAAAAAAAUACGUUCAUUACAGUAUUUGUUUUCGACUACCCAUGCUCGACAAUGAAUUGAAAGAGUAUAAUAUCAGCACAUAUGGAAAACAAGUUGGGUCAGAUUACAUAUACUAUAUUUAUUCAAAUUAACCAAAGUGUUUUGCAUUUUCAUUUGCUUUGAGCUUGAUAUUUGAAAUAUUUACAAAGUCUUUGUGCCUGUAAAUGAGUUAUGAAUACAAUUGAUAAGCGUCAUUCCAGGGUUUGCCACAGAAUACAUAUCUCAGAAGCAGCAACAAUAUUAAGUGUAUCUUGGAUAAGGGGAAUUCAACUUAAGUCCAUUUUUUUCCUAUGGAGAUUUCGUAAAAACAUAUCAUUUAAAAUAAUAUUGAUCUGAAUAUAAUCAUUAUAAUGUCACAAUAAGGCGAUACGACCGUUUCUAAUUAACUUCGUUUUGUCUAAAACGAUUUAGCAAACUCCUAAACGAUGAAGACUAAUCGUCUGCAAAACUUGAUAAAACAAUGAGCUGGUUAACUAAGAAUUACAUGUUGUUUGUGCAACUGAGGUUUUAAGCUUGUAUUCAAAAAUACUUGUUUCAAAACCCGCAGAAUGACAGAGCAGCUUAAACCAGAACUACAGACUGAUAUUGAGUUGGUCCUUGAAUGUUUAAACUACCAGAAGGAUGAUGCUGGGACAGUUAAACAGUCCCUCAUUACAUUGUCUGCUAUCCUGCAGCAAAAUGAUGCUGCAAAAGACAUAUUCCGAGAAUGUGGUGGCCUUGAACAGGUGAUGCAGCUAGUAACAAGCACAAAGUGUAGCACAGUUGUGGAGUCUGGCCUCUACUGCCUUGGAAGUGCUGUUGCGAAAAAUGUUUACUCACAGAAGGCAUUGAGCACUGCAGGAAUGUUCUUAUUUCUUCAUGGAAUCUUUUCAUCACAAAAGAGCUCCACCAAGAAAAAACAAACUGCUACAUUUCUAGCCCUCUGCCUGGUGUCAAACAAUGGAUUUGGUCAGAAUCUGAUUCGACAGUCAUCUUGUCUUCAUGAUAUUUUAAGCUUGGUUCGUACUCUUCUACCAAAGAAUGUGCGUCAGUUGGCAGCCACAGGUUUCCAGGGCGGGAUGGAGGAGUCCAGUGUAGACCUCUGGUCAGCUCUUGUAAGCACUCUCUGUGCUUGUGUCAACAACCCUCUCAAUGAGGAGAACCAGAAGAUCUGUGCAUCACUAUUCCCAUACUUAUUCAACCUGUUGGGAAACGGGACUGAUGGACGCAUUGUCACCCCUCUCCUAUCACUGCUAGGCCUUUCUGUCAGCGGCAAUGCAUUCAAUCAAGACAGGGUUAGGAAGUGCGGAGGAUUUGAAAUCUUUAUCAAGAAAUUGAACCACAUCGUGGCGCUGGGAGAAAAAGCUGGGUCACGAGUUCUCUGUCAGCUUCUCGGUACAGUAGAUGCCAGUAUCACAGAGAAUGAGCUAAGUGCCAAAAGGUUCGGACAGCUGGGAGGAUUGAAAACAGUGUGUCAGCUGUUGUCCAGGCGUCCAAUGACAGACAGUGACAAAACACAGGCUGCACUCACCCUUGCUCAUGCAGUUGAGGCUUGUGGAGACAAUGUUGAACAGAUCCUUGAGGGAGGUGGCAUGACUGUCCUUAUUCAACAGUUGACCAAGACCAUGGACGAAGAGCUGUCAAAGACCAUUAAAUACCUUCUACACUUGUGUGUGCCUCAAGGGGAAUCGAAUAUUGGAGAAACUGAAAAUCACAAUACUGAUGUUUCAAGUGAAGAAGCUUUAAAAAGGAGAAGUGACAUGGAAAUGCUCAGAAAAAUCCAGGAGUUGGAUGAUAAGUUGAAAUCUUUAGAGAAAGGCAAGGAGUUGGAUGAUAAGUUGAAAUCUUUAGAGAAAGGCAGAUCAGAAUGUGAUAUGGCACUCACUUCACCAGAGCCUAUGAGGGUUGGAAGAUCCAGAUCAGCCGUACAGGUGUCCCCAUAUGCAGAGCUUGAACAUUCAGCAGCCUCACUCUACAGUGGCCACUCCCACCAGGACUGCCCCACCCCUAGGGAACAGUCCCUGCUUCAGCAGCUUAUUACGGAGAAACUUGAGAGAGAGAAACUUGAGAAGUUGAACCAUAUGCUACAGGAAAGUAUCUGCAUGACAAGGACAGCUAUGACUGGGUCAAUGAAUUCUUCUGUGGAUGCUAAUAACAAUUCUACGGAAACACUGAAAAAUGUUGGAAUUACAGAAAAAUCAACCCUGAAUUGCACAGUACCCUAUGUUGACAUGAACAGUAAUUUAGUCACAGUUCAAUCAUGUUCCACAGAAAGUGAAAGACGAAAGUGUGGUCGUGAAACCAGUGUCCCCUUAUUUUACUCAAAUGACUUGAAGCAAAACAUUAAUAGUGUCAACUCUGAUUUACUAAAGAAGUAUUUGGGGAUGAAUGCAAUUGACGCUAUAAAUAACAACUGUGAGAAAAUGAAUGCUGAGCGUGUUUCUUCAAGAAAAGAUAUACAGGCAUUAGAUGAAACUGAACAGAAUGACUUGGUCAAAACUGAUAAUAGGAACAAACAAGUUGCAACAAAAUACUGUGAUGCCUCCAUACAGUACACACAAAAUGAAAAUGACAAAAUGAAAAAUAAUGAAAAUAAAUCUUCCAGCUUAAAUAAUUCUCAAAAACUGAAAGAGAAGGAGACACUUAUUGCACCCAAACAGAAAAGACCAAGAACCACACUAAACAGACAUGCUGAAAUUCAGUGUGGAACACCGUUUGUAUCAGUCAGUGAGCAAGAAAAAGAGGAUCAAAGAAUGACUGCUAAAUUCUGUAAUGAAAGUUGUCAAACUGACUUUCGUAAAACUCCACAAGUGGUCCUAAAGCCAUUAGAAGAGACUGAGACAGUUAAAAUUGUUAACCAAUUUAAUAAAAAUGAACCUGGUACCAAUUCUUUAACUCAAAAUGCAGCUGGUGACAGAAGUGAAUGUUCAGAAAAAAAGUUAUCACCAUGCAAAGCAAACCAGUUCAAGAACAUAUCUAAUGACAAAAUUGUUUUUUUUGUUAAGCCAACUGCUUUACCACCACGAAGUAAGGUGCGUAUCACUCCUAUCCGACAUACGGCACUACCCAUCAGAGCAGAGGAGAGUAGACGUGAGAACAUGAACAAUUCAGCUAAUGGAUAUGAAUCCGAUGCAACCUUCAAAUCUGACUUUGAUAUGUCCUUAGUGAGAAACAUAAGAAGAGCUCCAAAAUCUAAAAGAAUGGUUACUUCAAGACCUGAUCCUAUUGUGAAAGCUAUUGGAAAACCAUCUCAAGUGAUAAAAUCUCAGAACAAUACUGCAAGCAUUGACCGGCAUGUGGAAGGCAGGGAGAGAAAUGUUGCUGACAAAUGGGAUGUUUCCCUUUUAUCCCCCGACCUUAAACAACCUACAGUCCCUCCCAGGCCAGCAUUCAGUGACUGUGGGAUGAGGAGACAUGUUCUCAGGUCACCUAGCAGUGUCCAUCCACACGAGAGGAGGUCAAUAGAUGACAGUGGUAUACACUCGCCCCAUGUGUUCAUGCGAAGGACCAGUCCACAGACAAGUCCCGUUGAUAGUAAUGUUGAUGGGCUCCGUAGCAGUAGUGAUGUAUCUGAUGAUAAUGAAGCCGCUGUGCCCAACAUAAGUGCUGCUGUCCUCCGCAGCAGCAAGAAACUCACAUACACACCUGCUGAAAUCUGUCUAGGUUGUCCGGGCAACAUGGCAUGUAAGGGCAAGAUACUGAAUUCAAGAACAUAUAACAUUGCCUUAGAAACAGAUCCCAACACUUGCCCCUUCCACAGGAAACUGCGCCAGAUUGAACGCCUCCAUGUGCAUAAGAUGAAACGGAACAAGAUUCAGCAACUAAAUCUCAGAGCAAAACUGGAGAGACAGAUAGGUGUAGGAAGAGGAAAGGAAUACUCCAAGGAAUCUGUGUUUAAUUUUACAUCAGAUUCGACUGAGGAAGUGUCAGAUGAUUGUAUGUCAGAGCAUAGGGUAACACAAGCACCCUGCAGAUCACAGCGGCGUAGACAGAGGCUUGACUAUACAGAGGAGGAAGUGAGUAACCUGCGGGAAGGGGUCAGUGUGAUGGGCAAAAACUGGAAUAGCAUAUUGACAACCUUCAACUUCCAUCCCACCAGGACAAAUGUGGACCUGAAGGACAAGUACAAAAGACUCAUGGCAGCUGAACGAGAGGGCACCAGUAUGGGUGUAUCAACCCGUGCCUCAAGGCAGCCAAAGCCUUUCUCCAUGUGUGAGGAGCGAAGACUAAGAAGAGGGGUGCUUAAGUUUGGAUACCACUGGAAAACCAUCCUCACCUCCUACACAUUUGCCAAGGGACGCUCUAGUGAAGAUCUCAGGAACAAAUGGAGGAAUAUGCACAGGAAGAAAUAAGCCACUCAAUGGUGGAAAACAUAGUUCACUUUGAUCACUUCCUUGAUCAGAUGAACUAUUUUUAGCUCACCUGAGCACGUAGUGCUUUCCCCAUCCCCCACAAUCUGUCCAUAAUCUGUCAACAAUUGCUUCGAACAACAUCCCCUUCUUAACUGCCUGGCCAAUAUAAAUGAAACUUCACUGGGAUGUUCCUUUUAUGGUGCCUUUUCAAAAUUGUUCAUAAAAUGAAUUCCAUGCAGAACUCUGGACACCAUUGCAACCAAAAGGAAAAGCUUUAAAAAUCUCCUUGACAAAAAUCAUGAGGCCCUGAGCUUAGAUAUUUAGUGAGUGACACUGUCUAGUGGUCCUCCUCAUAAGUUUGUUAUUAUGCCCCUUAGGUUAAAACUGGCAACCCGGCAGGUCACAAGUUUCUUACAUACUUAUACUGGGAAAUCUUUAUAAAUCUUUUUUGUCUGAAACCUCUAGGCCCAGACCCUCAAUAUUUUGCAUGUAGUAUCAGAAUUUGUCCUCUUUCAAGGUACUUCAGAUAGUACCCUUGAGGUCAAUACUGGCCCUGCCAGGGGGCUUACAAGUUUGGUAUUGACUUGUAUAAGAAAAACUUUCAAAAUCUUCUCCUCUGAAAAGGCUAGGCCCAGUCCCUUUUUAGUAUGUAGUAUAAUACAGUGGCAUCCAUAAAGUUUGUUCAUUUGCUUGUGUACAGUUUUUAAAACAAAUGUCAAUGUUGUGCUUUGAUAACCUUAACCACUAAAACAUUUGACAAUACACAAUCAUAGUUUACCAUAAUCCCUAGAUGCAUUGCCAUAAACCGAAUAACUCAUUCAUCUCAUAAAAAAACAAAGGUUUAAAACUUUUACUUUGGUGAGUGAUUUAGAGCCAUCAUCAUCAUGGCCCUCUUGUUUAAUUGUUUGGAAAAAGGCUAUCCUACUUUCUGUGUAUACAAGUUGCACUACAAUGUUUCAAUAAAUUAAUUUGUGUGCUUUGUAUGGCUACACUUAUAAUUUUAUAGAAGUUUUGCUGCAAUUUCUUUUGCAACUUAAAAUGUUAAUAUUAUUGCUGUUGUAUAUUUUGAUCUUGAUAUUAUGCAAUGUGAUAAACAGUUGUCAUCAAAGUGACCAGGGUGAUCAAGUUUUAUAUUGUUAAAAACAUUACAAUUAUUAUGACAAAUUAUGUCAGCGCUGUGAUUUUUACAAUGUUGUGUUGCUUGAAGCUUUAGUUUUCCUUUUUUGCUUGUUGGACAAUUCUUGUUAGAUAUUCUAAAACUGUUGAUUCUUAAAUAUCAAAGAUUUGCAAUUGAAACUAGUUUGAUGAUUUAUUCAUUUGUUAAUAAGGUAUGUGCAGUAUCAACAUAACUAUGUGAUAUAUUCAUUAUUUGCACUGUGUAUUUGCAUGUCAUUAUUGAA